CAAACUCUCUAAUGAUGAAAGAAGAGUUUGCGUCUUUUUUUGUUCGUAAUAUGUUAACUGCUAGAUUUCACCAUUUCUGUUAUAAUGUUUGAUGUGUGAACGGUAAAGCAUGUCUAACCCUUCAGUUGUUUAUUUUUACGACCUCGAUGUGGGCAACUUCCAUUAUGGUCCAGGCCAUCCGAUGAAACCUCAUAGGAUUUCUUUGACACACAGCCUUGUGCUUCACUAUGGACUGCACAAAAAAAUGAAGGUCUACCGACCCUACCGAGCAACAUAUCAUGACAUGUGCCGCUUUCACUCGGAAGAUUAUAUUGACUUCUUGAAAAGAGUGACACCUCUCAAUGUUCAAACAUUUACAAAAUCUUUAACUCACUUCAAUGUUGGAGAAGACUGUCCCGUUUUUGAUGGGAUGUUUGAUUUUUGCUCCAUGUACACUGGCGCAUCUCUGGAAGGAGCUGUAAAAUUAAACAACAAACACUGUGACAUUGCUAUCAAUUGGUCUGGUGGUCUGCAUCAUGCCAAGAAAUUUGAAGCUUCCGGGUUUUGCUACGUGAAUGAUAUUGUCAUUGCCAUCCUUGAACUUCUAAAAUACCACCAGCGUGUCUUGUACAUUGACAUUGACAUCCACCAUGGGGAUGGUGUACAGGAAGCAUUUUACCUCACAGAUCGUGUCAUGACAGUUUCUUUCCAUAAGCACGGCAACUUGUUUUUUCCUGGCACAGGUGACAUGUAUGAGAUUGGUGCUGACAGUGGCAGGUACUAUUCUGUCAAUGUGCCUCUGAAGGAAGGAAUUGAUGACAGUACAUACAUGAGUGUCUUUAAGCCUGUCAUUCAAAGUGUGAUGGAAUUUUACCAGCCCACCUGUGUUGUUUUACAGUGUGGUGCUGACUCUCUUGGUAGUGACCGCCUUGGCUGUUUUAACCUAAGUGUCAAAGGCCAUGGAGAGUGCGUGCAGGUUGUCAAAGAGUAUGGGCUCCCCAUGCUGGUGCUUGGUGGGGGAGGGUACACAAAGCGCAAUGUAGCACGCUGCUGGACCUUCGAGACCUCAGUGCUCUUGAAUGAGCAAAUAAGCAACGAGAUACCCUACAAUGAAUACCUUGAGUAUUUUGCUCCAGAUUUCUCCCUGCACCCUGACAUCAGCACCAAACAAGAAAAUCUUAAUACUAAACAGUAUUUAGACUAUAUUCGACAAACAACACAUGAGAACCUGAAAAAUCUUAUAGCUGCACCUAGUGUACAGAUGCAUGAUGUAGCUCCAGACCUGCUUAGUCUGGAAAAUACAGAGGAGCCUGAUCCUGAUGUGCGCAUGAGUGAGGAAGACAUGGAUAAGAGGGUGGAACCAGCAAAUGAAUUUUACGAUGGAGAAAAAGACAAUGAUAAAGAAAAUGAAGGAUUCUUAGAUGUCUGAUAGGCAACUCAUGUCAUUGUGUAACAUUCUUUGUGAGAUCUCGUCACUUCAGCCAGGAAAUUAAUUGGUAAUCUACUUUCAGUUUGUCAAGUCUGCAUAUGUGAAUAACUUCCAGAUGAUGUUGGUCAUGUGGUUACAAGAUUUAUUUUGCCAUUGGCUGUUACAGAAUGUUCAUGUCACAGCAAACACUGCCUUCUGUAAAUAGGGCUAUACAAUUGUUGCAGCAUUUGUGGUGUAGCUGAUACAAUCGUCAUGUCACGUGGUAUUUGCUAGAACUGAAAUGAUGUUUUCUAAACACAGUGCCAUGAUAACAGAUUUUUUUAGGAGAUGCAAUGAGAGAUCUGGGCAGAAGACAUGAAUUUCUGUCUCAAUGGAGAAUUUUUGUGUGGCUGAAUAAGAAUUGUCUUUACGUUGCAAAAUGUGUGUGUGUGUGCACAGUCAUAUGUGUGUGUGCGCACUUGCACAUGCAUGUUUGAGAGUAAAUGCAAACAUAUCCAUGUGUAUGCAAGGGUGUGUUGGAAAGUUCCGAGAUUACAGUGAAAAGCAGGUUAAGUAGUUAAACAGUAGUGAAUGAAACAAUUGCUUGUAAAAGGAAGUAUUGGUAUUAUGGAUCUUUUGAAACAAACUGAAUUAAAAUUAAUUUUGAAUACUUA